AUGGCUGACGAGCCCAUCUCCAAGCGCCCGCGCACAGACGCACCCGUCGACAACCCUUACCUCGCCCACGUCCAGGACCCGCGCGACCGCAUGACGGGCGGACCUGGCGCACCUCCUCCCGGCGCGAGGCCAUUCGACGGCUGGCAGCCCAGGACCAAGGGCGGCAAGGACGUCGAGGCCGUCAUGGCCGGCGACAUCAACCCGUUCACGCUCCAACCCUUCUCCAAGCGCUACGCCGACAUCUUCGCCGUCCGCAAGAAGCUCCCCGUCCACCAGCAGAUGAACGAGUUCCUCGAGAUGUUUAACGCCAACCAGUUCGUCGUCCUCUCUGGCGAGACCGGGUCCGGCAAGACGACUCAGAUCCCGCAGUACGUCGCCUACGCCGACUUGCCGCACUUGCGGCGGCCGGGCCUCCAGGUCGCGUGCACGCAGCCUCGACGAGUCGCCGCCAUGAGCGUCGCCAAGCGCGUCGCCGACGAGAUGGACGUUCCGCUCGGCGAGCAGGUCGGCUACAGCAUCCGUUUUGAGGACUGCACGAGCCCCAACACGUUCCUCAAGUACAUGACCGACGGAAUGCUGCUCCGCGAGGCCAUGAACGACCACAUGCUGUCGCGCUACUCGUGCGUCAUCCUCGACGAGGCGCACGAGCGCACCCUCGCCACCGACAUCCUCAUGGGCCUGCUCAAGGACGUUGCGCGCCGGCGCCCGGACCUCAAGAUCGUCGUCAUGUCCGCCACGCUCGACGCCGCCAAGUUCCAGAACUACUUCUUCGGCGCACCGCUCCUCAAGGUUCCUGGUCGCACGUUCGCCGUCGAGAUCUUCUACACGCCCGAGCCCGAGCCCGACUACCUCGAGUCCGCCAUCCGCACCGUGCUCAUGGUCCACCAGGCCGAGCCAGAAGGCGACAUCCUCGUGUUCCUGACCGGCGAGGAGGAGAUCGAGGACGCGUGCCGCAAGAUCACGGUCGAGGCCGACCAGCUCGGGCCCCAGUUCGGCCCGCUCAAGGCCGUCCCGCUGUACUCGUCGCUCCCGCCUCAGCAGCAGCAGCGCAUCUUCGACAAGGCGCCGCCGCCCCGCACGCCCGACGGCCCGCCCGGCCGCAAGGUCGUCAUCUCGACCAACAUUGCCGAGACGUCGCUCACGAUCGACGGCAUCGUCUACGUCGUCGACCCGGGCUUCUCGAAGCAGAAGAUUUACAACCCGCGCAUCCGCGUCGAGUCGCUCCUCGUGAGCCCCAUCUCCAAGGCGAGCGCCAACCAGCGCGCCGGUCGUGCCGGCCGUACUCGCCCGGGCAAGUGCUUCCGCCUGUACACCGAGUCGGACUUUGUCAAGGAGCUCGAGGAGCAGACGUACCCCGAGAUCCUGCGGUGCAACCUCGCGUCGGUCAUCCUCGAGCUCAAGAAGCUCGGCGUCGACGACCUCGUCCACUUCGACUACAUGGAUCCUCCAGCACCCGAGACGGUCAUGCGCGCGCUCGAGCUCCUCAACUACCUCGCCGCGUUCGACGAUGACGGCAACUUGACGCCGCUCGGCGACCUCAUGUCGACCUUUCCGCUCGAGCCCCAACUCGCCAAGAUGCUCAUCGUCUCGCCCGAGUUCAAGUGCUCGAACGAGAUCCUGUCGAUCGCGGCCAUGCUGUCGGUGCCCAACCCGUACCUGCGCCCCAACAGCCAGCGCAAGGAGGCCGACGAGGCCAAGGCGCAGUUUGCCCACCCGAGCGGCGACCACCUGUCGCUCCUCAACCUCUACCACGCGUACAAGGGCAGCCCCGACGCCAACUGGUGCUGGAACAACUACGUGUCGCAUCGCGCCAUGCAGCAGGCCGACAACGUCCGCAACCAGCUCAAGCGCUCGAUGGAGAAGAUGGACCUCGACCUCGUCUCGACCUCGUUCGACGACAAGUCGUACUACAUCAACAUCCAGCGUGCGCUCACGGCGGGCUUCUUCAUGCAAGUCGCGCACCGCGAGGGCGACAAGAACGGGUACAUGACGAUCAAGGACCUGCAGGUCGUCGGCCUGCACCCGUCGACGGGCCUCGACCACAACCCCGAGUGGGUCAUCUACAACGAGUUUGUCCUCACGACCCGCAACUUUAUCCGCACCGUCACCGAGACGAGGCCCGAGUGGCUGUGGGAGUUCGGCGCGUCGUACUUUGACUACAAGAACGUCAACGCGUUCCCCGACUGCGAGGCGCGCCGCAUCUUUGAGCGCAUCGCCAAGGGCCAGAAGUACGUCUCGGGCGCCGCGUCGUCCAAGCGCAGCGGGCGCGACGACGACAAGCGCGACAAGAAGAAGCGCAAGGAGCGCCGGUGAGUGCGGGCGUCGGGGUGCGGGUUCGAGGUCUGGCAGAGCCUUGUUGUGCAAGUCCUUGCGUUCGCUUUUC